CUACGAUCUAUUUCGGAAAGGGCAGGCUCUCUCUGACAGCUAUUGCGUCAACGACAACGAGGGGGAUAUGACGACAUCGACAAUUUCGACAACGACGACGGGAGAGAACGUCGGUGACAGCGUGGUCAACGACGAUAAGAGAGUGGACGAGGUGAGUACUGAUACUGGUUACGAUAAUAUGAUUGGGGGGGAUAUAACGGCGGGUGGUGAAGAAGAGGGCGAUGGCUGCGUUGACAACGACAACAAUAACAACGAUGACAACAACGACAUCAAUGACAAGACCUUCACCAACAAGAUCAGCAACAGAGGUGACGGUUGUGAUAGCAACAACGCUAGUAUCGACAACAAUAACAAAGACAACAUCAACAACAACAAUCAGUUCAAGAAUACUGAAUACAGUGUCCUUGGUGACAACGAAAUUGACAACAACAACGGUGUUGUUGGGAGCGAUGGCGAUGCUGAUGAUAGCAGCACUGACAAUAUUGAUGAUAAUGAUAACGACGGCUUUGGCUGGGAUGAUAUGGAGGAUAUGAGGAUUAAUCGUGGCUGCAGUGAGAUGAUUGGAGUUGUUAGUUGGCAGCGGAGGGGCGUGGGUUAGUUGGUGGUGAUUAGUUUUGCCCGGGCCGUAAUUCUAAUCGGGAUGGGAGGUGGUUAGGUUGGGCUUCUCCUGUCAUCGCUGUUUUGUGAUUACGUAUGCUUGGAAGAGCGGUCAAUCCGCUCUUAGGAGGGCAAUCAAUGUUGCUCUUUACU